AUGGCCGACGCCAAUGCUUCCUCCGACUUCCUCCCACACAUUCCUCGUGAACGAGCCGACAGCAACAUGUCUUUAGGCGGCGGCUACACACUCUCCGAGAAUGGCGAAAACCAUUCCAACGGCGCCGGCUCCCAGCCAGGUCCUCCAGCACCUGCGACCACUGCGGCCCCCGCGACCGCACCGUCAGGGGAUGAGAAGCAGAUCGGUGUUGCCACCAUGCUGAACAGAUUGAAGCAAAGCGUCGCAUCGGCAAAGGAAUUCGCCAAUUUUCUUAAAAAGAGAGCCGCAAUCGAGGAGGACAACGCAAACGGGCUUAAGAGACUGGCCAGGCAGACUUCCGACAACAUGCGCCGGUCCGAUCACCUGGGAGGCAGCUUUGCCAAGGCCUUCGAUGGCAUGAUGGGCACACACAGCAGAAUCGCGGAGAACGGCAUGCAGUACGCCAUGUCGCUGCUUCAAAUGGCCGAGGACUUGAACGAGCUCGCGGCUAUCGCAGAGAAACAAAGAAAGGGCUGGAAGCAAGAUGGACUGGCAGCCGAGCACCGCGCCGCCGACGUCGAGGCACAGAUGCGAAAGUCGCAGGCAAAGUACCACUCGCUGGCGGAAGAGUAUGACAGGGUCAAGACCGGAGACGGGCAAAAGGGAGGCAAGAUGUUCGGAUUUAAGGGCCCCAAGUCUGCAGCGCAGCACGAGGAGGAACUUCUGCGCAAGGUUCAGGCGGCCGACCAGGACUACAAGACCAAGGUCCAGGCCUACCAACAGGAGCGCGGCCAGCUGAUUUCGACGACACGGCCGGAGGCAAUCAAAGCCUUGCAGGACAUCGUUAGGGAAUGCGACUCGGGCCUUGUCUUGCAGAUGCAGAAGUUUGCAUCCUUCAACGAAAAGCUCUUGCUGAGCAACGGUUUGAGCGUUAGCCCUCUGAAAAAUGGAAAGUCCUCACGGCCGGAUUCCAUGAGCCUGAGGGAGAUUGUUCAGAGUGUCGACACCCAACGAGAUUUGAGCGAGUAUCUGUGUGCAAACCACAGCAAGGUCCCACCAAGCAAAGGAGAACCUAAGUAUGAGCGCCAUCCUGUCCUCGGAGGCCCAUCUGGCGGUCCCACAAUGACAGGUGCACACCCGCCACCAUACCAGACGUCAAGAUCUCAGCCUCCGGGCCAGGGAGCAGGACAGCCCAGCGGGCAUUCGCGCCAGGAUUCUUUCCAGCCCACAUCACCUGUCAAACAACCAACACAAGAUCAACAACAGCCGCUGCCCAGCCAGGACACAGAUUGGUCACGAGCCGCGAUGCCACCGAUACCAGCGCAAGGGACAACGUCUUCCAACCAGCAUGAGCGCAGCUUUAGUUCGGCAAGCAUGCUGAAUCAAACAGGACCGACGGCUUCUCAGCCACAAUACAGCAACCGUAACUCAUUUGGCCCUGGCAUGCUCCUUUCAGGCAGCGCGAACUCGAGAUACAACGAAAAGCCGGGAAUGUCAACCCAGGGGCCACCGCAACUUGGGGCACUACCGUUCCAGGAGCCGGCACCUUAUGCCAACCCACCACCGGCGUUCCCUGCAGACAACAUGCCUCCGCAACAGCACAACCAAGGCUCAAUGGGACCGGGACAGGCACGGGGCUCAUCACCGCCAAGAACGGUGGGCUCGCGGCCGGUUUUCGGUGUAUCCCUCCAGCGGCUUUACGAACGGGAUGGGCUGGCCGUUCCCAUGGUUGUCUACCAGUGUAUUCAGGCUGUUGAUUUGUUUGGUCUCACGGUCGAGGGUAUUUACCGUUUAUCUGGGUCUUUGCCACAGGUGAAUAAGAUGAAGAGCAUGUUUGACACUGAUACUACAUCACCACAACUCGACUUCAGGAACCCAGAGAAUUUCUUCCACGACGUAAACAGUGUAGCUGGGCUACUGAAACAAUUCUUCCGGGACCUACCCGACCCACUACUGACUAAGGAGCAUUACUCUGCAUUUAUUGAAGCAGCUAAGCACGAUGAUGAUAUCGUACGCCGCGACUCCCUCCACGCCAUCAUCAACUCUCUUCCAGAUCCCAACUACGCAACACUUCGGGCUAUCGCGCUGCAUCUCCACCGCGUAAUGGAGAACUCGGCCGCGAACAGGAUGACAUCUCAAAACUUAGCCAUCGUCUUCGGCCCUACGUUGAUGGGCGGUAGUGUCCACGGCGCCAUCAGUGACUCGGGCUUCCAAUCGAAAGUGGUAGACACGAUCCUUCAGAACACGUACCAGAUAUUCGAUGACGACUGA